UCAAACCAUUCAUCUCUGAACUUUUUUUUUUCUUCGUCUACAGAACAGAACCCUAAUUUCAUGUUUUAGGUUUCGAUAUCUCUCUCUCUCUCUCUCUCUUUCUCUUAUGGUUCUCGUUUCGUUGAUCUCCCAAUCUCUAGGGUUUAGUGAUUCACCCAAACUCUUCCACUAAUGGGUGCCGUAGCGAUCAAUCGUAAGCGAAGCGAAGAAACCUUCAAUUUCAAUUUCAAUCCACAAUCAACCAACCCUUUACGAAAUUCUCCGUAUUUCCAAGCUUCCAAGAAACGAAGAUUCUCAUUCGGUAUGUCUGAUGAAGAUUCAGGUAAGAUCCAAGCUUCGUCUUCUUCAAAAAACCCAACAGUUUCGAGGAUUUCAAGGUACCCUGAUGCUAAAGCUCCUCUUAGACGAGAGAUUCAUGCUCCCAGCAGAGGUGUUCUUAGAUACGGGAAAGCUAAAUCUAAUGGUUAUUGCGAAAAGGAUGGUAAUUUCUUUCUUCGUAAGUAUGAUGAUGCAAAGAGGACAGCUUUGGAGGCUUUGAGAUUUGUUAAGAGAGAUAAAGAGUUUGUUGAUUUGUUGAGUGAUGAUGGUGAAAAGGAAGCUGUUUCUGAAGAUUCCAGUGUUGAAGAAAUUGAAGUUGUUGAUUGUGAUGAUGAUGAUGAUGAUGAUGAUGAUGAUGAUGAUGAUGAUGAUGAGGAGGAGGAGGAGGAGGAGAAGUUUGUAGAGGUGAAGAAUAAGAAGAAGAGGAAUUAUUCUUCUUCUUCUUCUCAUGGUGGUGUUACUACGGAUGUUAAGAAAGGGAACAACUUGAGAGUUGAUGAUACUAGUUCCAUGCUGGAUUCGUUGUCGUUAGAUAGAGAUGCGAAUGAUGCUUCGAGUCUUGAAGCUUAUAAAAAGCUUAUGCAAAGUGCGGAGAGGAGGAACUCAAAGUUGGAAGCUUUGGGUUUUGAGAUUUUGUUGAAUGAGAAGAAGUUGUCACAGCUGCGUCAGUCUCGCCCUAAGCCUGUGGAAAAACUUGUUGAGGUGCCUCGUGAACCUUUUAUACCUCUCACAGAGGAGGAAGAGGCUGAAGUCUACCGUGCCUUUUCUGGGAGAAAUAGAAGGAAGGUCUUGGCUACUCAUGAGAACUCAAACAUUGAUAUUAGUGGAGAAGUUCUACAAUGCCUUACACCUUCGUCAUGGCUCAACGAUGAGGUUAUCAAUGUCUACCUUGAACUGCUCAAAGAAAGAGAGACCAGAGAGCCCAAAAAGUAUUUAAAAUGUCAUUUCUUCAACACCUUUUUCUACAAAAAGCUGGUCAGCGAUUCUGGUUAUAAUUAUAAAGCUGUCAGGAGAUGGACUACGCAGAGAAAGUUAGGAUAUGCUCUUAUUGACUGUGACAUGAUAUUUGUUCCCGUCCACAGGGGUGUACAUUGGACCUUGGCAGUAAUUAACAACAGAGAUAGCAAGCUCUUGUAUCUUGAUUCACUAAAUGGAGUUGAUCCUAUGAUUUUGAAUGCUCUGGCAAAAUACAUGGACGACGAAGCGAAGGAAAAGAGUGGAAAAAACAUUGAUGUUAAUUCGUGGGACAUGGAAUUUGUUGAAGACCUUCCCCAACAAAAGAAUGGGUAUGACUGUGGAAUGUUUAUGCUUAAAUACAUCGACUUUUUCAGUAGAGGCCUGGGGCUAUGUUUCAGCCAGGAACACAUGCCAUACUUCCGACUAAGAACGGCUAAAGAGAUCCUGAGACUGCGAGCUGACUGAAGUUGCUUGAGCUAAUGUAUUUUCAGCUUUUAGGAAUGCUAUUUUUACUUGCCAUUGUUGAUUUGUUCAAACUUUAAAUUCCACUCCUAUUAGGCGGGUAUUAGGCAGUGAAGUACUCAGCUUCAAAAGCAGAGGUAAACGCUGAGCUAGGCCAAAGCUCUUUGCUUCUUCUGUAUGAUAUAUUUUUUGUUUGUUUGAAACUGUAGAUGGAAGCGUUCGGAUCUCGAGUGUUAAUUUUAUGUUUGAUUAGUCUAACUAAAAUAUAUGAAUAGUUGGAAGGUUC